UUUCUCACCGGAGCACUUAAUGUAAUGGACUGUCAACAAAGAAUAUGGCGGCGGUUUGUACGUAGUUGAUUCAACUCAACGUGACAAAUGCAAGGUGAACGCAUACAUUGGCCUUAAAAAGACCAUCAGAGCUGCCCAGAGGCUGAACACCGAGCUGCAGUGAAGUCAUGGUGCUGAAGAUCUUCUUCCCACAGUGCUGUAACCGGGCUGACAGCGGGCUGCUGGUCGGCCGCUGGAUCACUGGUCAUGACUCGGCUGUGGUGUUGGCUGUCAUCCACUACCCAUUCAUCCCCGGACAGGUCAAACAGUACCUCCAGCAGGUGCAGGCUCAGAGCGGAGUGGAACUGUCAGUGCUGGGCUCAUGGAGUUUACCCACAGAGAGUCAGGAGGGCAUGGAGAGCUUCCUCAGAGACCUCAGCACCAUCUUUCCCCAGGAACGCUGGCUGCAGGUUAGCCGCCAGAUAGGCAAGACAGGCUUCAACUGUGAUGUCCUCAAUCCAGCUCAGAAUGGACGAGCGGCUCAGCGGGAGGCAAAAAAGAAAAAGGGUGAGGAGGAUGAGAAGAGUGAUGGCUAUGCUGGACAUAAGGGAAACAACAAUGAGGAGGAGGAGAAGGUGAUCUUUAUCCACUACGAGCAGAGAAAUGUGAUGCUGUCGCAGCUUCACCCCAUUGAGAACGGAGUUUCUGACCCCAAAACUGAUGCACCGUCAGAACUGAGACAGAUGUUCCAGACGGUCGCCAGCAGCCAGCCUCUGUUCUUUCUGGAUAAAUACGAUGAUGGGCCACUGAAGUUGACUCACUGGCAGUCAGAAGGUCGAGAGGCCAGCAUCAUCGCAGAGCUGUUUAAACAGGCUUCUGUACCGCUCUGCCGGCUCAUCAGCUGGCUGCUCUCCAUAUGGGUGUGGGUUUGUAACAUCUGGGUCUUCAGUCUUUACCCGUUGCGCUUCCUGGCCAGUAAACUGUCAACAUGUGUCCAGCUCAGCUACAGGACUGAACACAUGAAGACGCUCAGCUCACCAAAACCAGCCACUGACCACACAGAUUUCAUGAGGAAAGCCACUAUUAUGGUGUCCUUCCUGGUGGAUGUGGCUCUUGGUGUCUUGCUCAUCUUGUGGCUCUACAGAGACAACCACAUCCCCAUGUUAGCCAACGCACUUGUACCAGCAGCUGAUCAUGUGGCUAAAGAGUUGGAAGAGCUGCUGCAAUGGCUGAUGGGAGCUCCUGCAGGGCUAAAGAUGAACCGGGCCCUGGACCAGGUUCUGGGCCGCUUCUUCCUCUACCACAUUCACCUCUGGAUCAGCUAUAUCCGCCUGAUGUCCCCCUUCAUCGAGGGCAUCCUCUGGUAUGGAGGUCUGUCAGCCUGCUUCGGUCUGACCUUUGCCCUCUCGUUGUUUUCUGACAUGGUGGCCCUGCUCACCUUCCACAUCUACUGCUUCUACGUCUAUGGAGCCAGGCUGUACUGUUUGAAAAUCUACGGCCUCUCGUCUCUCUGGAGGCUUUUCAGAGGCAAGAAGUGGAAUGUCCUGCGGCAGAGAGUGGAUUCCUGCUCCUAUGACCUGGACCAGCUCUUCAUUGGAACGCUGCUAUUCACCAUCCUGCUGUUCCUGCUGCCCACCACCGCUCUCUACUACCUGGUCUUCACUCUGUUGCGGCUGGUGGUGGUGCUUUUCCAGGGCGUCCUCCACCUCAGCGUGGACUUCAUCAACUCCUUUCCUCUGUUCGCUUUGGGCCUCCGCGUCUGUCGGCCCUACAGACUGGCAGAAGGUGUAAAGUUCAGGGUGCUGUGUGACGAGCCUGGCACAGCCCUUCACCUGCAAAUGGAGAUGAAUCCUCUGAAGUUCAACACAGUGGUUCAGACCUAUCGCACCCCAACUUACAGCUGUUACCCCAAGGACUCGUGGGCCACCCUGGUCAAGAAACUGUUUGUUGGCGAGUUGAUUUACCCAUGGAAACACAAAAGCACCAAGACUGACUGAGAGACACCAGGUGGAAAUGUAAGCUAGAGAGAAAAGGAGAUGAGGGAACAGAGGAAAGGGAAGGGACUGAAUAAAUAAUGAGAUGAAUACAGACAGAUGGAGGGAAACAGGGGAAAUGGGAGGCAAGGGUGACGCUGGUAUGAAGACCUUUGAUUUGAGAUCCAUUCCUGUUAGAUGGGAAGAACGUCAGAGUGUUUUAAGUUGACUGAAGCUCAGUACACUUGUCCUUCCUUUAUCAGUAUGGAGGCAAAUGAUAAAUAUGAGCUUACAACAAAUGUGACAGUGCCAGCCUUAAACCUAAAGCCAGCAAAUAGUCAUUUCCUGAGUUUGUGUUUUAAGAGCUGUGAUCAUAAAAAUGAGUUGGUACAUGGUGAAAAUCUUUUAUUUUAUUUUUUUUAAUCACUAUUUGAAGUAUAAACAUUUUCUUUAUGUGACAUCAGGUUUUUUUUUUGCCCCAGUAGGAAAAAUUAGACAAGCUGUUGAUGUUAACAAAACACCAAGGACCUAAAACAAGAAAAAAUAUAUAUAUAAGUUGAAGUUUUAAUCUGCAGAUAUGAAAAAGACUUGAAAUAAUUUUUAAUGGAUGACUGCACCCCAAAACAAAAAGACUGACCUUGUUUCUCCCCCUGAUCUCAGUGAAAUCUCCACUGCGGUUUGUAUGAGCAACAAGCACAGAGCAUUUGGUCUGUGUACUAUACUGCAGCUAGAGCUUUUGAGCUCUCAGUUCACUAAAAUCAUUCAACUAUGAAACACACAGCAUCACUAGGUUGAGAAAGAAAAAAAUCUUAUUGGAGGAUUGCAGAGACCACAAAGCGUUUAAUGAUCUAGUACUCUCGUGUUCCCCUGGCUUAUGGCGCUUAGAAUGAGCACAUUGCUUUUUGUGAUCACACUUCUCAUGUUAUGUACUGGUUCUUAGUGACAUAUGCCACUACUGAUUGAUAUGCCACACCUAAUUCACUGACAGAUACCACUUUUCACCAGCAAAUACCACUGUUGUUUUAGUGGCUAAUGCAGAUUUUUAUUUGUAAGUGACUUUGACCAGAGACAGAGUACAUCACUGCUGUUCAGUUGACACAUGCCACAUGAAAACGGCAUAUCACUCCCCACUGCCAUACAACAACUGUUCUUGACAUAUUUCUGUGCUCCACUAACAAACUGUUUCUGGCAUUCCACUAAUG